AUGGUUUUUAAAAGUGGCCGACUAUAUCUGGCUCUUAGUGGCGUUGAGGCUUCUUGUAAGGCAAGUAGUACUAAUAACAAUGCAGCACUUGGUGCAAUCUUGAAUCAGCAGUUCAUCAUCCAGCUUGGUCUGUUCACUGCCCUUCCGAUGAUAGUGGAAAACUCUCUUGAGCAUGGGUUCCUUCAAGCUAUCUGGGAUUUUCUGACAAUGCAGCUCCAGCUUUCAUCCGUAUUCUACACGUUCUCAAUGGGAACUCGUGCCCACUACUUUGGCCGUACUAUUCUUCAUGGUGGUGCAAAAUAUCGGGCUACCGGGCGUGGUUUUGUCGUGGAGCACAAGGGUUUUGCCGAGAAUUAUAGACUCUAUGCUCGUAGCCAUUUUGUGAAGGCAAUCGAACUUGGGUUAAUACUUGUAGUUUUUGCGUCACACAGUCCUAUAGCUGGCAACACAUUUGUUUACAUAGCUUAA